AUGAUUAAUACAAUGAUUAUCUGUCGACCAAACUUUUCAGUGCUGAUAGGUUUCGAUUCUGGGGCUGGAUUGCUGGAAAGACCGUCAGUGUGCGCGUGGGUUCAAUAUAAGUGUACCUCUUUACUGUACACUAUACUCCGUAUUAUCUUAUCCUCUGCGCUGCUCCUUUCACACGCCCACGCGCCACCUCCGAGCUCCGGAAGGUUGUUAGAAAUAUUCUUAUGAAAACUGAUAAAGCUGCUUUGGUUACAUGGUUGAACUAUAGUGCUGAGUUAGUAUAAUAAGCAUAACUUUUGGAAGAUCAUUGUUUGUAACUGAAGUAUCACCGGCAACAACAACCACUGGCAAUGCUGAUUUUUGUACAAGCAAAACCAGAUUCUGAAAUUCAGAUCUUAUGGUAUAUCUUUUGAAUAGACGCAAUGGCUAUAAAUUCCUCCAUCUGUCCCAAAUUCCUUGAAGCAAGUCCUCAUCCGAAAUUGCAAACCCGAACUUUUUGUACAAAGACUAGAAGAGUAGCAUUACAACUCACCACUCAAAAGGUCCAUGGAAGCACCUCCAUCAAAAGACAAAUUUCAGAGCCUACACCGGAUUGCGAAACUUGGCAACAGAGUCAGACUCAAGUACUGGUUGAUCUCCUACAUGACUGUGCAAAAAAUAGGUCCAUCAGAGAUUCAGGAGCAGUUCAUGGUUACAUCUUAAGACGUGAAGUCCCAGGAGAGGACCUAUUAGUGUUACUCAAUCAUGUAGCCUAUUCUUAUUCAAAAUGCUCAGAUUUUAGUGUAGCCAAGUUGGUGUUUGAUAAUAUGCCUCAAAGAAAUACCUUUUCUUGGACAGUCAUGAUUUCAGGGUCAACAGAGAAUGGGUUUCUUAGUGAUGGGAUCAAGUACUUCUCCAAGAUGCAGGAAAAUGGGAUGUUGCCUGAUAAAUUUACAUAUUCUGCAAUCAUCCAGUUAUGCAUUGGUAUAGAAUGCAUUGAUUGUGGUAAAUCAGUGCAUGCUCAAAUUGUUAAAAGAGGUUUUGCAAGUCAGACUUUUGUUAGCACAUCUCUUCUUAACAUGUAUGCAAAGUUGGGUCAGAUUGAAGAUUCAUGUCGGGUAUUUAACAACAUGGAAGAACAUAGCGAGGUCUCCUGGGCUGCGCUGAUAUCUGGACUUACGGCGAAUAAUCUUUAUUAUGAAGCAUUUAGUAGUUUUCUUACUAUGAGGAAGGAAGGAGUUGCUCCGAACACUUUCACCGUUACAAGUGUUUUAAAAGCGAUUGGGAUGCUAGGUGAUGUUGAUAAGGGCAAGCAAGUUCAUAAAUAUGUAUCUGAAUCAGGUAUGUUGUCUAAUGUUCAUGUGGGAACUGCACUUAUUGAUAUGUACUCAAAAUGUGGGUCCCUGCAUGAUGCAAAGUCGGUUUUUAAUAACUUCAUUGACUCCGGGCUGAACAUUCCAUGGAAUGCAAUGAUUUCAGGCUAUUCGCUGAGCAAGUGCAAUGAAGAAGCUUUAAGGCUCUAUGUCGAGAUGUGUCAGAAUAAUAUAAAAUCUGAUAUUUAUACUUAUUGUAGUGUAUUCAACACUAUAUCUGAUUUAAGAUAUUUGUGGUUUGGGAAACAGGUUCACGGAUUGAUUGUGAAGUCCGGGUGUCAUGUAACGGUCCUAAGUGUUAUUAAUGCAAUUGCAGAUGCAUAUUCUAAAUGUGGGUCCAUUGAAGAUGUAAGAAAAAUCUUUGACAGAAUGGAAGACAGAGAUAUAGUAUCUUGGACAACCCUGGUAAAUGCUUACUCUCAAUGCUCUGAAUGGAGGGAAUCACUAGCCAUCUUUUUACAGAUGAGAGAACAAGGAUUUGCACCCAAUCAGUUUACCUAUCCUGUUGUUCUUGCUUCAUGUGCUAAUCUUUGUUUUUUGGAAUAUGGUCAACAAGUACAUGGCCUUCUGCAUAAGUCUGGCUUUGAUACGGACAGUUGUGUAGAAAGUGCUCUUAUAGACAUGUACUGUAAGUGCGGUAGUAUCAUAGAAGCAGGAUAUAUUUUUGAUGGCGUUUCUAAUCCUGAUGUGGUUUCAUGGACAGCCAUGAUCUGGGGUCAUGCACAACAUGGUUCUUGUGCUUAUGCUCUUGAACUGUUUAGGAAGAUGGAAGAGAUGGAUAUUGAAGCCAAUGCUGUAACCUUAUUAUGUGUUCUUUUUGCUUGUAGUCACGGUGGUAUGGUAGAGGAAGGGCUUCAUUAUUUUGAGUCAAUGGAGGGAACUUAUGGUAUUGUUCCAGAAAUGGAACAUUAUGCUUGUAUUGUUGAUCUCUUAGGUCGUGUUGGACGCCUUGAUGAUGCAUUAGAGUUCAUAAAGAGUAUGCCCGUUAAACCAAAUGAGAUGGUCUGGCAGAGCCUGCUAGGAGCAUGCAGAAUCUACGGCGAUGUUGAGCUGGGGAAUGUGGCUGCAGAGAAGAUUCUUGCCAUUCUGCCAGAUUGUUCAUCUACUUAUGUUCUUCUAUCUAACACAUAUAUGGAGGCAGGGAACCCUAAGGGUGGAAUUAGUUUGAGAAAUAUGAUGAAGGAACGAGGUGUUAAAAAGGAGCCAGGAUGUAGUUGGAUAUCUGUCAAAGACAGGGUCCAUAAAUUUUACGCAAGAGAUGAAGGUCAUCCACAAAAGGAUGACAUAUAUGUCCAGUUAGAAGUACUAAGUAAAGGCAUUAAGGACAUGGGUUAUGUUCCUUGUUUAAGAUAUGCAUUGCAAGCUUAGGGUUAAUGGCAUUGAAAAGUAAGGCCUAAAGCUUUGAGAAAGAUAACAAAUUUUCUUUUGAAGCAUAAUCUUUUGCAGAAAUUCAAUGCGCCAGCAGUUUGUGAGUUUGCAUGCAAAAAAUAUAAUUCAGGCUGGCACACAUCUCUUGCAUAUAUGUUUUUACCUUUUACUAAGGCGAAGUCUCUUGUUUUAAAUGCAGAAUUGUGAUCUUCAUGGAGAAGUUAAGAGGGCUAUCUUCAUUGUUUUUGAGAUCUAUUAUUACCCCCAAAGAAAUGAUAUAGCAAAACUGUUGGUAAAAGUAGCUUUACAACAAUUCUAUCUACACAAUACUUUGGUGAAAAAACUUUUUGUUCUUCUUUUUGCUAAUUGCCCUGUGAAAAAACAACAAUCUGUCUUAGUGUCUUGUUGUAUGAAAGAAUUAUUAUUCUUUGAAUUGAACCCCUUCAAUCAGAUAGAUCGCCUUCUUGCCACCUUUAGCAGACUAAUAGCAAAUGUAUUCAUUACAUAUGGUGCAAAGAAAAACAGGAUAUAGGAGUGAAUUUGUGUUGAAGUGACUAUCUCCAGAUUGAGGCAAGGGACAGUAUUAUUACGUCCCAGUUAUAUGUGAUGUUACUAAGAUAUUGAAUCUUUGGUUGACUGACUGGUAUGGCUAUAUUACCUGUACUCUGUCGUGCAUAUGUUCUUCAAGUUAAUUAUACUAUUACGUAUUUGUUCCUUAUGACCAAGCAACAGAUUCUCAAUUAGGCGAUGUUGUGGUUGAUCUCUCCAUACCUUUUGCAGGAGUCCUCUUGUUGCAGGUGUGUAACUCAGUAUUAUAAGCUUCUCAUUAUUGUUGAUUUGAGAGAAUAUAUUAGCUUACUUAUUUGAGUCAAUGAUCGAUUCGUUGUAAACAUUAUGCACCUAUUUUUGUAGUUAAAGCUCAUUGAGGAACCCGGAAUUCUAAUUUAAUAAACUUGACUACUGUCUUAGCAAUUUGUCAGAUUUUGUUAAAAAAAGGUGUUUUAAGCUAAGCCAUGGAAGUCUGAAGUAGUGAAAGUGCAUGGAAACCUGAAGUAGCGAAACUGCAGUUGAGAUGAACCUUACAAGACCCUUGUUGUUUAGAUAUACUUUGAGCUAUUUACAUUCCCUGUGGCCUUCAAAAUGUUAAUAUGCAAGUCAAAUCACUUUAGAUACACUUGCAUACUAAACUUUCAGUGAGUUCUGUCAAUUUCUUUUCCUGCUUUCUCAGGAACAUUUUAUAUUUAUGAAUCAUACUCAAUAAUGCAUUAAUAUUUCUUUUCAAGUUUAAAAGUAGCAAAUAUGAUUACUUGAGGCUGGUAACUAUCAGUCCAUUUACAGGGACCAAGUUGAUGUUACCUUUUCUGCCUCAAAUGACGGGUGCCUCUAUGAUCCAAUCUAUCUCACAGAAUUUUUUUCUAUCUUGCUUAGGCAUUUGAAGUGCUUGAUUUUUCUGGCUAACUAUUUGGCAACACACUCACGCACAGGUACAAUAUUGGUUUGACUGACCCGAAUCAACUUCAAAUGAUUAUUUCAAAAAGAUUUCAAUCGAAUAAUCACAUAAACAAGGAGAAAAAGUUAUACUCUGAGAAAGAGGUUGGGGGGGAAUUGUCUAGAUUUUACUUUUUCGCACUUGCUGAAAGAUGUGAAAUAAGCCUCAAAUGAGUAGGAUCCAUUCAACCUAAUAUCUGUAUAGUGCAAAUAUGUCCUUAACCAGUUCCUGAAGGCUCUUGGUUGCUGGAGCAUUUGCAAAAAUUUCCACUGCUUUUAUAUCGGGUCUAAAGAAUAGAUAAGCAAGCUCUUAACCUAUGUAUGCUUGUUCUAAGCUUAGGUAUGCGUGAAUGCUGUGUUUUACGCUUAGGUAAGUGUGCGCGAAUCCUGUAAAUGUUGCUCUUGAAUUUGGAGAUUAAAGAUAGGAUUUACAUGAAAUGCCAGUGCAUUGAGCUGCUGGUUCACGUGGAACUAAAACUCUCCAUGCCCAAGUAGCUAGUGUACACAAUAUGUAGGACAGGCAAGACAUGUAAUGCCAAAUAUUGCCUGUUGAAUGAAAGCUUGUUUCAUCUGGGUCUAGAUAGCAGGUUCAGAUCACAAGGGAGUACAGACAUCAGAUUAUUUGGAAGUUUUAUGGACACACACGGGCAUGCAGGACUGUAAACUAUAUAAGGAACAAAACUAUUUAACUCUAUUUGGGUUUGUUUCGUUCUGUUCAGAAAUGAGCAUACCACAGCCCACAGGCUAAGUAAUUGAUGAUUUGGUCA